UACAGAUGCAAAAUUUGUUGCAUCUGCCACCUAAUAUUAUUGUCUUCUCGCUUUCACUGUACUAUCUAUCGAUAGACGCAUAUUCCAGCUAAACAUGCAGAAACCAGACGACUCCAAUGAUCCACACCCUCUUUAUCACCCUAUGAAGCCUGAUGAACCAGACUUUAAGCCGACCCUGCCACAGGAGCCAAGGGACAUGAAGCACGGCAAAUAUGAAGCUGAGAAUGUUGCGGCUGUUAACACAACCCAAUAUACAACAAUUCCAAACCAAACUCCAAAGCAAAACUGGUUUGUUAGAUUAUCGAGACGAACAAAAAUAAUAGCUGGUGUCAUACUUUUGAUCGUGAUAUUUGUGGCCGCCUUUGUCCCAGCAUACUUAACCACGCACAAUAAUAACGACGCCAGCACCACUACAGGCUCCUCCAACACCACCACCAAACCGCCACCAGACAGACCGAAUGUAACAGCUGCUGGGUUGCCCAUCAACAACGCAACCUACCGUAUUACCGUAGGUAACGGUAGAAAUGGAUGCAACCAGUUUUUAAGUGUUGCUGGUUGCUCUGCGGGAGGGACAGUUGACAUGUAUUCUGGAGAUGACAAUAGUGGCAGACAGGAAUGGUUAUUCACCCUAGUAGAAGGAAAGACCAAUAUUUAUAACAUUGUAGUUGGUGGAAGAUCCGGAUGUAGUACGUUUUUGAGCAGUUCGCCAUGUCCAAGCAACGUUGUCACGUUAUUCGGUGGAGAUGAUCAAUCUGGAAGGCAACAAUGGUUUGCAAACCCUAUAGGCAAUACCACCAAUCAUUUUAACUUGAUGACAGUUACAGGAAGAGCAGGCUGCAAUCAAUUCCUUAGUACAGCAGACUGUACUAAUAGUUCAAACCUAGUUGACAUGUUUGACGUGGAUGACGGCUCUGGUCGUCAGCGCUGGGUUUUGACACGUAUCUUUUAAACAUUAUGUCUUGUCUCGCAAGGAGAUGAAUUCCCCACCAUGGGCUUCAGCCGUUGGUUUUAACCAUACCAUAAAUGUGGGUAGUGUUGAUGCCAUCGCAUGGGCCGCACAAACUGCUGAACAAACUUUUUGUACAGCACCCACUUCAUAAGAUAAUGUAUAAUCCACUGUAAUAUAUAGCGAAGAGUAUAAAAUUAAAGAAGAUUGAAUGCUUUUCAUGGCUUUAUAAAGCGUACGGAUGUGGAUACAUCAACAUCUUACUU